CGUUGUAAACAGAGCCAACAGUUUCUUUGAGGCCAAAGUGAAACCUCAGAUUUUAAGAUGGAUAGUGUAGAGUUUGAUCGGUUAGACAGCUUAGAAGGGUGGGUGGCUGUUAAAAGCAACGUAUUUGAAGAACAAGAUACCUUUAAGUUAGGCUUCAUCGUUCAGUGGAAUGUCAUCGAGUCUAAGUUCGCUGUCACCUGUCACAAUCGGACGUUACAGCGACAGAAACGCAAAGCUGAAGUUGCUGUCGGCGACCCGCAGAUGAGCUGGGCUGGGCUCUUCUCCGUCAACGAUCUGAAACACAUCCACCAACAACUUACAUGCGUGGCAGACAUCCUGGGUGCUUGCUUCCCUGACGUAUCUGAGUUUGAAGAUAGCAACAUUUGGGACUUGCUGUUCCUGAAUCGGAGGUCAGGUCCCGAGGAUGACGAAGACAGAGAUUUUGAUACGCCUUGUAGGAAACUGGAAAAAUAUUUCAGUACAGCCAUUGACCUCUGUGGACGAAAGAUUGUUCUGGAAACUUUGUUUACCCAGGACGAACGGGAUGUUGAAGAGUAUUUUGAAAACCUACAAGAGUUCAAAAAGAAGACCAUGCAGGAGGAGAUGUCAAGAGCUAAGAGCUACCUGAGACAGCUGCUGCAGAGUCAUAGCAAUGCUGACCGAAUGGUAGCGCUGCUCAGCAUCUAUGAGGAAGAAGAUGAGGCCUACCAAGACCUGGUCACUGUGGCAACCACCUUCUUCCAGUAUCUGCUGCAGCCUUUCCGAGACAUGAGAGAGCUGGCUUGCCUUUACAAGAUGGAGAUCCUGAAGUCUUUGGAGUUUGAAGACUUGGGUCCCAAGAGAAUUGCAGCUCUGGAGAAGGAGGCGGAGGAGUGGAGAAUGAAAGCAGAAGAUGCAGCUGCCUCAAUUCAGGACAUCACUGUCACCUACUUUACUCAGACUUCAAAGGCUCUGGCUGGUAUGUUAAAGCAGAUGGAAGAGGAUAGGCGUCGUUUUGGACCUGCUGCCUGGGCGUCUGCAGCUCCCAGACUUGAGAAACUACGGUUUCUGUUAGCCAAAGAAACCCUGCAGCACAUGAGAGCUGCAGAAAUGUGCCUCAGCCGAAAGAAAGACACCAUCAGAGAAAGAAUGGGGAGCCUGCCAGGAAAACUCCAGAACCAGAAAGCUGAUUCUAAGUGUGCAUUUGAGGACGGCGAGCAACAGGACACAGUAGACCAGCUGGAACUGCAGUUCUAUGAAACCCAGCUAGAACUAUAUGACACUAAGUUUGAGAUCCUGAAGAAUGAAGAGCAGCUCCUGGUGGCUCAGAUAGACACCCUGCGCCGACAGAUGAAAGAACUGAAGGAGGAGGUGGUGUACUAUGAUGUGUGUGAGGAUCCAGAGGAGCUGCAGAGCAUGGUCCACACAGGCAUUCAGCAAUCUCCACUAGUCACUCAGCUCAGAAGACGCCUACAGAGCUUGGAGACCAAGAGAGGAAACAUCUGUGCCCGCAGGGCUUAUCUCCGCAACAAAAAGGAUCAGUGCAUGGACGCCCAUGAGCAGAAGCAGCUGGCAGCCAAGCAGAGCUCUGUAGUCUUCAAACAGCAUCAUCAAGUCCACCUGAAACGAGAGAAAAGGAAAGAGGAGGAGCAGAGGAGGAAACAGUGGGUGGACCAGGAGCGAGAGAAGACUCUGAGCAGAUUACGAUCCUUCAGAGAGAAGCGACAGGGUCAGUACAUCCUGAAGACUCCCCAGUCCAGGAUGUCUUCUUCAGAAGUCCCUUGCCCCUCACAGCCGAUGUCCAUCAUCAGCCUGUCUCCUUCUGCCUCCUCUGAAGAACCCAAUUCAAUCCGACCUGCACCCAGACGCAGUAAACCACCCAAAAAACAGCAACUGAAAGACAUCCCUGUUCAAAUUUACUCUAUGCCACCACCUCCAACAUUUACCUGCCCCACUGCACCACCACCUCCACCACCACCUCCUCCACCACUGCUGCCUUUUGCAACACCACCUCCACCUGUCCAAGCAUCGCCUUCCCCUGGGGAUGCACCAAUGCCUCUAAGUGAAUAUAAGGAUCCUCCAUUCCCAGCCAAGAACACGCUCAAGCAGAAUAUAGGAACAAUGGAUGAAGUGUUGGCCUCACUCCAGCGUGGACAAAUUAAGCUUAGAAAAGCCCCCUCUACCAGGACAGAUACCCCAGCCGAGGACCCAAGGAGCAGUCUGAUGUCUGCCAUCCGACAGGGAGUUACCCUGAAGAAGGUGGUUCCUGCACGAGCUGAAGUCCCGAGCAGUGGGGACAACGAGUUGGAGCGCAGCAUCAAAGCUGCCAUGAUGAGGAUGAAAAAGGUGGCAGCCGACUCAGACGAAGAGGACAGAGGUGAUGACGAUAUGCAGAGCACAGACUGGGACAGCUGAGAACAUGCACACACACAAACAUGCUGACGAAGCUCUUCCUAACCCCCCCUCCCCCUUUCUUCAUGGCUCUGAGCUCCAGCUUGUGUUUGUGGCAAAAUUUCACCAAAAAGCUGCAUCUUUGACAGGGAUGGGAUUACACCUCCUUUGACUCCAAUGCUGCAGUUUGUCGCAGUGUUGGAGUCUGAGAAGACUAAAAAGAUUACCAAGUAGCCCAGAGAUGUAAUGGAUCCAAAACCGCUCAAGUUCAGCUAACUAGUAAGUGGCAGAAUUAGGAUUUAAUUUUCUUUGAACAGUUUCUAGUUUGCAAAAAUACUGAAUUAAAUAACUGACUGUGGCAUUGUGUCAUAUAGAGCAAAGUCAGGCAGUAGUACUGAAGUGUAUAAGAAGCUCUUACACAGCAGAGGAAGCCUGUUCUGAAGACUAACAGUGGCAACACACUUUCUCAUCUCACAUUCUUCAAUCUAAGUGUUUCUUGAAUGUAACUGAAUGAAUGACUGUAAAACUGCAACCUACCCCAAACAAGGGCUACUUACUGCUAAACACAAUAGGAUAUGAAAAAGUGUGUUAACCGUUUACAGUCCAAAUGUCUACAGUCUUUGUCAUCGUUUGUAGUUAAAACUGCUGAUGGAUUGCCCUGUCCUUGUCUUUCCUGUUUGUGUCUCAAACGUGUGAAUCUAUAAGGUUUAGUCUGGGUGCAGUUUAUAUAUAUGAAUUUUUCCUUUAUUAUGCCAAAAAAUAAAUAAAGUGACAAAUUUACAAUACUAUAUCAGUAAAAUACAAAAUUUUCCCCAUAUCACCAUAUUACUGAAGGUUUGAACUUCAAAAAGGCUGUAUGGCAACCAGAAUGAAGUAGUUUGAAGAAUAAAGAAAUUUCAACAAAACUGA